AUACUUCGUACGAAGUAGCUACACAGUAUUUUUCUUUGGCCACUCGUGUCUCCAGCCCCUUUCUCACGCCGUCGGGACCCCGCAGAAGAGCGUCGCGUCCUCUCCACCUCGCCCCCUAGAUUCUUGGGUAAGCAAGGUUACGACGCGCUGGAGUUAGUGUUGCAGAAGUCCGAUCCUCCGAGGCCCCCCGCCCGUCUCACCGUAUAUCUCACCGUGUUUCCCGGCUUCCCACACUCCAUCAUCGACAAGGACGGAAUCAGCCACGAAACACAACCAUGGUGGGCAAGACGGAUAGCAACAACACCCUCAAGGGGCACAAGCUCCUCAUCAUUGCCCCUUGGGAUGCCCCUGCAGGGUUUCUGGAGAAGCUGUCGACCUCAUUCCCCGACCUGCAAGUGGUCUACCACGUGCAGACGUGGGCCUCGACGCCGCUCCCUCCGGCGACACUUCCGGCCGGUAUUUGGGAUGAUGUAACCGCCUUGAUGACGUAUAGCACCCUGCCGACGCCGGAAGAGGCCCCGAAGCUGGAAUACGUGCAGAUGUUGAGCGCGGGCUUGAACCAUGUGGCCCACGAGCCCAUGUUUAAGGACACCAAGGUGGCGUUCUGCACCGCUAAUGGCGUGCAUGGACCGCAAAUCUCGGAAUGGAUCAUCAGCACCUACCUCGCGUUUGAGCACCGCCUCCCCACGUACCUCGACCGCCAGAAACAAGCCCACUGGGACAACUCGGGCAUGCUCAACAUCGACGACUCGGCCAACAAGACUAUCGGCAUCCUCGGCUACGGCAGCAUCGGCCGCCAGACCGCCCGCCUCGCCCGCGCCCUCGGCAUGAGCGUGCACGCCUACACCCUCCACCCGCGCCCGACCCCCGAGUCGCGCCGGGACCACGGCUGGGCGCCGCCCGGGCUGGGCGACCCGGACGGCACGCUACCAGCACGCUGGUUCUCGGGCGCGGAGACGGCGGAUUUGCACGCCUUCUUGGGGUCGGGGUUGGAUUUGCUGGUGGUGGCGACGCCGUUGACGGGGCGGACUAAACAUUUGUUGGGGAGGGGGGAGUUUGAGGUGUUGGGUGCUGCUGCUGGGGUGGGGGCGGGGAAGGGGAGGACGUUUGUGAGUAACGUGGCGAGGGGGGAGGUGGUGAGUACGGGGGACUUGGUGGAUGCGUUGGAAAGGGGGUUGGUCAGGGGGGCGGCGCUGGAUGUGACGGAUCCGGAACCGUUGCCGGACGGGCAUGUGCUGUGGGGGAUGGGGAAUGUCAUUGUCACGCCGCAUGUUUCCGGGGCGUCGACGAGGUAUUUUGAGAGGGUGUUGGCGAUUUUGGAGGUGAAUUUGGGGAGGCUGGGGCGCGGGGAGGAGUUGGUGAAUUUGGUGGAUCGGGAGAGGGGGUAUUAG